GAACAUAACAGGUUUCAAGGAGGUUACAGAUCCCUAUCUGAUUCAGCUCAUUUUGUAAUCAAUAUCAUGCUAAUUUUAUCUACAGUUCAUUCUACAUAGUUGCAGGCCAUAUUUAAAAAUCUGGAACCCCUAGCUCUUUCACAGUAUCCAGUUUGAAAAACUGUUCUACAGAUUUAAAUGUGCAUGAAGGUUAAGAAAAAGCUGCUAAUGUAAAAAAGAACACAAUCUGUAAUCAACAGGGAUAUUGCGAACAGGAUAACACCAGGGAAAUGGGCUGAAAAGACGGGCCUUGAUUUAGAGGUAAAUUUUAUCAAGUUUCAAAGUGUUACUUAUUGAAAUUUUAGUCACUAAUGUAUUUUGCUAUAUUAAAGGGGUUUCCAGGGCAACCAUAUGGUAAUGACUGCGGUGUCUUCAUGUUAAUGUCUGCAUUUUACCUGGUGAUGGAUUCCUCAUUUGACUACACAAUUCUGGACAUGCCAGAACUGCGGAAAUGGUGGUGUGUGAUGUUGAUGGAGAACUAUGGUCUGGAUAGCCAUGGAAAGGUUUUUGCACAUUUUACUGAGGAGUCUAAAGCCUUCCUGAGGGGUGAUCGAGAACCAGUUUUCAGGCUAAAGAAAAGGAAGUUUGAGGAAACCUUUCAGGUAGAGCCACAACAUCAGGUUCAGGAAUUAUCAUCACAGGGAGAUGUACUGCAUCCUGUGUUGGAGGACGCACCACUAGAAUCAUCACAAGAGAGUCGAUUGGUGCGAGAUUUGAAGAUAGCCAGCAAGUGGUGUUUGGAUCAAUCUAGUGCACUGCAUGGUUCUGUUCAGUUGCCCAAAGUACUGUGUAUGGAGGAACAAGACGUUGCAGAAGCCGUUGAGAGAUUGGAGAAGGCUGAGUUUCCACAGGACAGAAUCGAUGCUCUGGAACCCUUUUGCUUUAUCUUUACUGUAAUGAAUGACAUGCAACUGUUUCUUGAACAUGUAGUUGAUGUCAUGAAAUUAAAGGUAAACUGUCGAACUAUAGAGCAAAGUGAAUAAUGUGCCAAUGUGUUUUUAUAUAUUGUCUAUUUGUACCUUGUAUUUGUCUGUUUUGCACAGUAUGUAUACUGUAAAUUGACAUUUACAAUAAAAAGAAAAAACAAUACAUCAACUUGAUGUUUUUCAUUUACAAACUGGUCCC